GCGCAGCCCGACGCGGCGGUGAUCACCCCGGCCAUGCUGGAAGAGGAGGAACAGCUGGAGGCUGCGGGGCUGGAGAGGGAGCAGAAGAUGCUGGAAAAGGCUCGCAUGUCUUGGGGUAGAGAGUCCAUAGACAUUCGAUACCGGAGGCUUCAACAUUUACUUGAAAAGAGCAAUAUCUAUUCCAAAUUUUUAUUGACUAAAAUGGAACAGCAACAACUAAAGGAACAGAAAAAGAAAGAGAAAUUGGAGAAGAAAAAGGAAUCUUUAAAAGAUACAAAGGGUGAAAAUUCAGUUGAUGGAAGUGAAGAGAGCCCAGUCAUGAAGAAGAAAAGAGGAAGAGAGGACGAGUCAUACAAUAUUUCAGAAGUCAUGUCAAAAGAGGAAAUUUUGUCUGUGGCUAAAAAAUGUAAAAAGGAGGAUGAGGAGGAAACCUCAUCUACUAAUCUAUGCGUAGAAGAUCUUCAGAACAAUAAAGAUUCAAAUAGCAUCAUUAAAGACAGAUUAUCUCAAACUGUAAGACAGAAUAGUAAAUCAUUUUUUGACCCAGUUCGGAAAUGUGAUGGACAGCCAGUACCGUUUCAACAACCAAAACACUUCACAGGAGGAGUGAUGCGGUGGUACCAAGUAGAAGGAAUGGAAUGGCUUAGGAUGCUAUGGGAAAAUGGUAUUAAUGGCAUCUUAGCUGACGAAAUGGGGCUGGGAAAGACAGUUCAGUGCAUUGCUACAAUUGCAUUGAUGAUUCAGAGAGGAGUACCCGGACCUUUUCUUGUCUGUGGCCCAUUGUCUACACUUCCUAACUGGAUGGCUGAAUUCAAAAGAUUUACUCCAGAAAUUCCUACUAUGUUAUAUCAUGGAACUCAGCAAGAACGUCUAAAAUUGGUAAAACAUAUUUACAAACGGAAAGGGACGCUGCAGAUUCAUCCUGUGGUGAUCACCUCAUUUGAAAUUGCUAUGAGAGACCGAAAUGCAUUACAGCAUUGCUAUUGGAAAUACUUAAUAGUAGAUGAAGGACACAGGAUUAAGAACAUGAAGUGCCGUCUUAUCAGGGAGUUAAAACGAUUCAAUGCUGAUAACAAACUUCUUUUGACUGGUACUCCCUUGCAAAACAAUUUAUCAGAACUUUGGUCAUUGCUAAACUUUUUGUUGCCAGAUGUAUUUAAUGACUUGAAAAGCUUUGAAUCUUGGUUUGAUAUCACUAGUCUUUCUGAAACUGCUGAAGAUAUUAUUGCUAAAGAGAGAGAACAGAACGUAUUACAUAUGCUGCACCAGAUUCUAACACCUUUUUUACUGAGAAGAUUGAAAUCUGAUGUUGCCCUUGAAGUGCCUCCUAAGAGAGAAGUUGUGGUUUAUGCACCACUUUCAAAAAAACAAGAAACCUUUUAUACAGCCAUUGUGAAUCGGACAAUUGCGAACAUGUUUGGAUCUAGUGAGAAAGAAACAGUUGAGCCAAGUCCCACUGGCCGACCAAAACGGCGAACAAGAAAAUCAAUAAAUUACAAUGAGUCAGAUGAUUCCCCUAAUGAAUUGGAAAAAUUAAUCAAUCAGAUGCAACCAGAAGUGGACCGAGAAAAAGCUGUUGUGGAAGUGAAUAUCCCUAUUGAAUCAGAAGUUAAUCUGAAGCUGCAGAAUAUAAUGAUGCUACUUCGUAAAUGCUGUAACCAUCCGUAUUUGAUUGAGUAUCCUAUAGACCCGGUCACUCAAGAGUUUAAGAUUGAUGAAGAAUUGGUGACCAGUUCUGGGAAAUUCUUAAUACUGGAUCGGAUGCUGCCAGAACUGAAAAGCAGAGACCACAAGGUACUUCUUUUUUCACAAAUGACAAGAAUGUUGGACAUUUUGAUGGAUUACUGCCAUUUUAGAAAUUUCAAAUUUAGCCGCCUUGAUGGAUCCAUGUCUUAUUCAGAGAGAGAAGAAAAUAUACACAGCUUCAACACAGACCCAGAAGUGUUUCUCUUCCUAGUGAGCACACGAGCUGGUGGUCUGGGCAUUAAUCUGACUGCAGCAGACACGGUUAUCAUUUAUGACAGUGAUUGGAAUCCCCAGUCUGAUCUUCAGGCCCAGGAUCGAUGUCAUAGAAUUGGUCAGACAAAGCCAGUUGUUGUAUAUCGCCUCGUUACAGCAAAUACGAUUGAUCAAAAAAUUGUAGAACGAGCAGCUGCUAAAAGAAAGUUGGAGAAGUUGAUCAUCCACAAAAAUCAUUUCAAAGGUGGCAAAUCUGGGUUAAGUCAAUCUAAGACCUUCUUAGAUCCCACAGAAUUAAUGGAACUAUUAAAAUCUAGAGAUUAUGAAAGGGAAGUUAAAGGAUCAAGAGAAAAGGUUAUUAGUGAUAAAGAUUUAGAGUUGUUGUUAGAUCGAAGUGAUCUCAUUGAUAAAAUGAAUACCUCAGAACCUAUUAAAGAGAAGAUGGGGAUUUUCAAGAUUCUAGAAAAUUCUGAAGAUUCCAGUGCUGAAUGCUUAUUUUAAAUUGGAACUAAGAUAUGACUCUAAGAUAUUAUUGUUUACAUAUAGUUUAUCACCCAUAUUGGUUUUGAAAUCCAGAUUGUCUACAUCAUUUUUUAAAUUACAAUAUCAGUUUUAUACUGUAACUCAUACCAUUGCAUAUAAACCUAAAGAUGGUAAUUUUCUCAGCCUUAUUAAGAGCAUAGAGCUUUUAUAUUAAGGUUAAAUUUUCAUUUAAGUUUUGAGACUCGGUUACAGGUUUAUGUGUACUUAAAACUGCUGCCAGAUUUACAGUCUUCCUGUGGAAGUUGAGUAAAUGUUACUUUCUUUUAGCAGUGCAGUUCCUAGGUUUUGGUACUUCAGUUAUGGCAUAGGUUUUGAUGGGGAGAUUGGGAUUAUGUUUUAUAUUGAAAUAAGAAAUUAUGUGAUUUUAGGAUUUAUCUCUAUAAGAUAAUUUACAAAAUAAAUGUUAAUUGUAAGAUUUUAUCAGAUUCAUUUUUUUAAUAGAAUAAUAAAACAGUUGACUGACAGUGAGAUCCAACAUUA